AUGCCAUCCUCAUCCUCAUCCACUUCUACUCAACCGUCAUUCAUAACAGCACCUCGUCAGUUACUCAGCUCACUAGCACCCCAACUCAUGUCAAACCGAAUCCUAACCAACUCAAACUCAACCUUCUCCACUUCCUCACUCAUCAACCGAACAACAACAACAACAACAACAACCAACAACAACAGCAAACCAACAACACCACCAAUCGACCUCACCAAACUACUCAGAUUACUCCUACCACCAGCACUCGGCGGUCGGGCUGGAGGACUACAGCUCAACGACCUCCUCAUCACCGACCCAAGCCAAAUCAACCAACUACUCGCACUCGAACUCCCUCCACCUCCAUCUCAAGCUCACCAAUCAUCAUCACCAUCGCCACCAUCACCAGCAGAUCUCUCACUCAUCGAUGGAUUCCAGGCAACACUCCCCUCAUCCCUCCAAUCAAAACUCAACAGGCGCAGGAGAAGAGCCGAAAUCGGUCAUCGGAUACUCGGCCUCGAUCAUCCCGAUCACCCUAACCCAAUCUCACUCCAUCUCAAGGACAAACUGGAUGCCGAGAGGGGACUGAUCCAACUGGAAAACAAGGGCCAUCGGAGGAAAUCCUCAACCGGCUAUGCCGAUCGUCCUCAAAAUCCAAACAAAAGACCCACGCGACGGCGGAAGACGGACCAUACGAUGAUCGGUCUCUCCAAAGCACAACCACAACCACAACCACUACCAUCAUCAUCAUCAUCACCUCAGAAUCUAAUCGAAAUCAAAGAGAUGAUACCCGAACUCAAGCUCGAAUUAGAUCAGAUCGUUCAAGAUCGUGAAAACUUACAGAUCCGUAAGGAACUGAUCUCCAAGGACCUAAAUGAGAUCGACCUCAAGAUAAUCAAGCUGAACCAGCUCAAAGAAGAUCUCGAGAGAUCCAUGUUGAGCCUAAGAGAGGAAGAACUAGAGCUCAUCGAUGAAUACGAAGGCGUUAACGAUCGACUGAUCGAAUUGCAGCAAUCCUUACCACUACCACUACCACUACCAGCACAGCCCAACCAUGGACUCACUCUACCCACAUCAACUCGCGACCCUAGGAUCUCCCCAACUAACUCUCGAAGAAGACGCGGCCCAGCCUUCUUACCCUCCGAACACGACGAAUUACCCAAGAAUGUCUCGUUUAUGACCCUCAGAGCUCACUCUCAAGCCAUCCUCGCACUCGACUUCUCCAGCCCAUACGGUUAUCUCGUCAGCUCAUCACUCGACGAAUCACUCCAACUUUGGGAUCUUGCAACGGGUGAACCAAUCCGAAGCUUGAAUGGACACAAUGGGAUCGUCAAGUGCUUGCAGGUUGAGGAGAUGACCUGCAUCACGGGUGGGAUAGACGGCCAGAUACGGAUCUGGGACCUGGAUCGGGCACUCGAGAUGGAUUCGAGAUUGGAAGCAACCUUGACCCAAGAAGAACGAAUCCUAAGAAACGACACGGCUGGUGUGAGUCCGACAGAUGAUAGCCAACACGAUACCUCAAGAACGGACCCAUGCGUGAUGAAACUAGAAGGGCAUAGCCGGUCGGUCACCGCUCUGUAUUUUGAUGAUACAUGCCUCGUCACCGGCUCAUCCGACAAAACAAUCCGACAGUGGGAUCUUAAUACUGGGCAAGCGGUGAUGACAAUGGACAUCCUCUGGGCUAUGCAAAACCCACCCCUUCCUACGACCAAGCUGUCCUCUGGGCGUCAGUUUAGGAAUCCGAGUUCGACUAUCAGUGAUUUCGAGUUUGGCCCGAGCAGCCAUGUGCCCUCUGUGAGUAGUUGGAGUGAUAGAUCAGGCCGGCCAACUCUAUCAAGUAACUACGUGCCUGGUGAUGAUUCUGUGGAAGAGUCUAAAUUGAUCGAUACCGUCAAUCAAUUCGAUACGCUAUCGCUUGGACAUGAGGAUUACAUUGGUGGAAUCCAGUUCUGGGGAUACGCCUUGGCUAGUGGAAGUGGCGAUGGCUGCGUACGAAUGUGGGACAUGCGAACUGGUCAAGCCCAUCGAACGUUGGUUGGUCACACCGGUCCGAUCACUUGCUUACAAUUUGACGAGAUCCAUCUGGUCAGCGGAAGCACAGACAAGUCCAUCAAGAUCUGGGAUCUUCGGACAGGAGCGGUGACGGAGACGAUCAAGUACAGCCAUCCGAUCACCGCUCUACAGUUUGAUAGCCGAAAGAUCAUGUGUGCAGCUGGUGAUACGAGUAUCAAUGUUUAUAAUCGGACCACAUUGCAAAGAUCUACCAUCAGCCUCAAUGGCCAUACAGAUACUGUCGAACGCCUUCGUUACUUUGAUCGAUACAUGGUCACCGGCUCAAAAGAUAACACGAUCAAGGCUUGGUCAAUUUAAACAAGGAUAUGCUAGCUGUCAUCGAAGUCUGACUUCACUUGGAGAAAGGAAAUAGAGUCAGAAUUCAAGCUGGAUGAUACAAAAGCAGUUAAGCAUC